UAGAAAGGGAGAGGGAAGGGGCGGGUCGCUUCCGUUCCGGCAAGACCUGUAGCACAUGCGCGCUGAGAGGAGGGGAAAAAAAGGCAGCAAAGUGGAAGCGAGAAUGGCUGCGUUCAUCUCGUUGGCGCAUGCGCUUGAAUAGCAGUUCUCCGCGUGCGGCGUACUCGAGCCGGCGUAGUGGGGAAAGUCCGGGCGCACGGGAGGGAUGGAGGCGAUUCCUCGCCCGGCGUCCCGCUAUGUCAUCCAGGAGGGGGACUGGGCUGUUCUCAAGCGGGGCGAGGUCUUCAAGGCAGUCGCGGUGGUGAAGCGAAGAAAAAUUAUUUUUGAAAAACAGUGGUUCUGCCUCGACAAUGCCAUUGGACAUAACUAUGGAACAACAUUUGAAGUGACAAGUGGUGGGAGCCUUCAGCCGAAGAAGAGAGUUGAAGAGACAGCAAUGGGUAGGAGGCCAUCAUUGAAUGACUGUGCGGCAGAAACAAAAGAAGCAGGUACAGAUAAUCGUAAUAUUGUUGAUGAUGGAAAGUCUCAGAAACUGACUCACGAUGAUAUAAAGGCUUUGAAGGAUAAAGGCACUAAAGGACAGGAAAUAGUUCAACAGUUGAUAGAAAACAGCACCUCAUUCAGAGACAAGACCGAAUAUGCCCAGGAUAAAUACAUCAAGAAAAAGAAAAAAAAAUAUGAGGCAGUUAUUACAGUCAUCAAACCAUCUACACGUAUUCUGUCAACAAUGUAUUAUGCAAGAGAACCAGGAAAAAUCAACUACUUGCGAUACGAUACUCUAGCCCAAAUGCUGACUUGGGGAAAUGUCCGUGCUGGUAACAAGAUGAUUGUAAUGGAAACCUGUGCAGGAUUAGUGCUGGGUGCUGUCAUGGAGAGAAUGGGAGGGUAUGGAUCCAUUAUUCAGAUGUAUCCAGGAGGAGGACCUGUUAGGACAGCCACAAGCUGCUUUGGAUUCCCAGAAUCUUUUUUCCAUACACUUUAUGAGUUCCCGCUCAGCGAAGUGAUGAGUGUUCUCUCUGGAACGCUGUCACUGAAAUCUCUGCCUUCUGAGUCUGAAGAAAAUAUGCCUGCAGCAGAUGAUAGUGAUGGGUCAGUGGAUGACAAGCAGCAUUCCUUGCCAGAAGCAGAUACAGACUGUGGCGCUGAGAUUGCAAUGGAGAGCAAUCAGCCCGAAGAGCAAGAAACCCUGGAUGUUCCAGCUGCGGGGGAAGCAUUGGAGAGUAACAAAGCAAAGGGACUGCCAUAUGACAAACAAAAGAAGCAAGAGGAGAGGAGGAAAAAGUUAAUAGCGGCUGCUUCCCUGUUGAAAGACAGAGAUGCUGAUGGUCUAAUAGUAGCCAGCCGAUAUCAUCCUUCGCCCUUAUUGCUCUCCUUAUUAGAAUUUCUUGCUCCCUCGAGGCCUUUUGUUGUCUACUGCCAAUAUAAAGAGCCAUUAAUUGAAUGCUACACAAAACUAAAAGAAAGAGGUGGUGUCAUUAAUCUGAAACUUUCUGAGGCAUGGUUACGAAACUAUCAGGUCUUGCCGGAUCGAAGUCAUCCGAAACUGGUGAUGAGUGGUGGCGGUGGGUACCUUCUGACAGGCAUCACUGUUGUGAAGGACAGUAUAAAAAUGUAUGACGACUCGGAACCGAAGCCUGAAGAGCCUGAAUCUAAAAAACGUAAACUUCAAGAACACUGCUGACACUUAAAAAACUGGGGGGUUUUCAGUCACAAACAACCCUUGUAUUCUAUUGCUGAACUGUAUUUAAGAGCACAGAGGUGUGUACAGUACCUUGCCCUUGUUGCUAGGGUCAAGUUUGCUGCAGAACAAGGGCAUCAGGGCAACCUACUAUUGGAAUCCUCUGCUGUUGAAACCAACUUCAACUCUGAUAGUUCCAUAGCUUAAAAAUGUUUUCUCAUCUUCUUGGAUGAAAGACUUCACAGUUUAACUCCAAGAACUGCUCUUGCUGAACAUGUUACAGGCUCUGACUGAAACAUCACUAUACAAAACAGUGUUUUGUUUUUGAAGUCAAAUGCCAUAUUUAUUACAGCUCCUUUUUAAUCUCACUGCAGCUUCUCUUGGGUAAAAAUGUUGUCCUAUUCAUCUCUGAUUCUACUUCAGACUCCUGAAACAAGUUAUUUCACUGAGUGAAAUGAAUGUUGCAAAGCCAUUACUAAUGAGAAAAAAUUCAUUGAUGCUAAAAUAUUGUAUAUUUUGCCUUUUCUAAAUAUAAGAACAAAGGACCAUCAGCUGUACAUUUGUAAAUUUUAAUAUACCAAUCAUUUGUUUUCAUUUACUAAUUUUUAAAUGAAAGCUGAUUCCCAUCUUUCCUUUUUUUAAUAUGUGACAACUUUGUAUUGCUAUAUGGGAUUUAUGAUGAUUUGUAAAUCUGCAUUUCAAUAAAUUAUAAGAUUUUUUUGUAA